AGACACGUACACAUGUGACAAAUUCCAACUCGCCGCGUCGUCACAAGGCCCCAUAGACCUCUCCGCAGACGAUAAGCACCCGAAGAGCCCAAACAAAGCACCUUUGGUGAUGAGUUCAAAUCUUUUUUUUGCCUCUUUUUUGUCCGCCUAUAAAACGGACCCUCUUUCGUGUUCAACUAACCAAACCCCUAGAAUUUCCAAAAUCCAAAAUCAAAAUCGAAAGGAAAAACCAAAACCAGCGAAGAUUCUAAUUCCUUUCCUCUCUGAUUCGUCCUUGUCCGAAUCGAAUCGAAUCGCAGCUUUGCUUUAAUUUUGGAUAGAACAGUGGCUUUUGUUCCGAUUCUGAAUCUCUAUCUCAACGAAGCUUCUUUGUUCCAGUUGGGAGGCAAUGGUGGGCGAUAGAGGCAAGUUGAAGGAUUUUUACAUUCCGAAUUACAUACUUGUGGGCGGGGCGGUGCCGAAGAUCAAAUUUGCGCCUGCGUGUCCGGUGAUAGUGUUUGUUAAUACUAGAAGUGGUGGUCAGCUUGGAGGUGAACUUCUUCUUACAUAUAGAGCCCUUCUCAAUGAGCACCAGGUAUUUGACUUGGGACAAACGGCUCCUGACAAGGUGCUUCACAAGCUCUAUGUUGCUUUGGAAACACUCAAGGGCAGCGGCGGAGAUGUUUUGGCUGCUGAUAUCCAGAAGAGGUUAAGAAUAAUUGCUGCAGGUGGAGAUGGUACAGCUGGCUGGCUCCUCAGUGUAGUUUCUGAUCUUAAACUACCUAACCCGCCUCCAAUUGCCACGAUGCCAUUGGGAACUGGAAAUAAUGUCCAUUUCGCAUUUGGAUGGGGAAAGAAAAAUCCUGGGACAGACCGACAAUCUGUGCAGUAUUUCUUGAACCAAGUGAAGACAGCAAAGGAAAUGCAAAUUGACAGCUGGCACAUCAUUAUGAGAAUGAGGACUCCAAAGGAAGGUUCAUGUGAUCCUAUUGCACCUCUGGACCUACCGCAUUCUUUGCAUGCAUUUCAUCAGGUCUCCAAAACUGAUACACUCAAUCUGGAGGGCUUCCAGACAUUUCGUGGGGGAUUUUGGAACUACUUUAGCAUGGGAAUGGAUGCUCAAAUAUCAUAUGAUUUUCAUGCUCAGAGAAAGUUGCACGCUGAAAAGUUUAACAACCAGUUAAUUAAUCAAAGUACUUACUUCAAGCUUGGAUGUACUCAAGGAUGGUUCUUUGCUUCUCUAAUGCAUCCUUCUUCAAGGAAUAUAGCACAUCUGACAAAGAUUAAGAUCAUGAAAAGACAAGGUCAUUGGGAGGAGCUUCACAUAUCUCCCAGCAUUAGGUCUAUUGUUUGCCUCAAUUUACCCAGUUUUUCUGGUGGUCUUGAUCCAUGGGGGAAGCCAAAUAGAAAGAAACUGCGAUAUCGGGAUUUAACUCCUCCAUAUGUGGAUGAUGGCCUUCUUGAGAUUGUUGGUUUUAGAGAUGCCUGGCAUGGGCUUGCGUUACUUGCUCCUAAGGGACAUGGGACUCGUCUUGCACAAGCACACAGAAUACGUUUUGAGUUUUGCAAGGGCGCAGUCGACCAUACAUUCAUGAGAAUUGAUGGGGAACCAUGGAAACAACCUCUUCCAGUUGACGAUGACACGGUGGUUGUAGAAAUUUCUCACUUUGGCCAAGUAAGCAUGCUUGCCACGCCAUCGAAGCGAUCCAAAAGUAUAUCUGACCCUGCGUCACCAGCUAGUUCCCAUGAUGACGAUGAUGAUAGUAGUAAUGAGGAAGAAUAUACAGAAGACAGUGGAGAGAGAAAGAAGUUUGGUGCAUCUGACACAUUUAAAAUCCCGGACGGGAUUGACAUUGCUCGUUUCAGUUGAGCCUGUAACUAAUCACAUGCUCUCUGUGAAUAGGCCUCAGUUUGAUAUAUCACCGUCCGGACAGUCUGUACAAAGUAGAUUUUCUUGUCAUUGAGUAGAAAGAUUUCUUAUUUUGUGAUUGCAGAUGCGCAAAAUCUAUGUUGGCCUUACUCGAUUCUUUUGUUUUCUGCAAUGUAGAUAUUCUCUCCUUGCCUGUUCAGCAAAACUCUCUGGUAGUUAUUAGCAAUAGAAAGAGAGCUGUAUUGCUCAGUUUGGGAUUAAUAGCUUCAUCUUUUUAGUUCUUACUUC